AUGACAAUUAUCCUAGUCACUGGUGCAAACCGCGGGAUUGGUUAUGCCAUUGUGCAAGCCAUCGCUACUCGCCUCCCUUCAUCUACCAUCGUACUCGGGUGUCGCCAAAAGGUUUCAGCACAAGCAGCGAUUGAAUCACUAAUAGAUAGUGGAAUCAAGAGUAAACUUGGCUAUACUGAGUUGGAUAUUGAGGACGACGCUUCUAUCGAAGCAGCUGUGGCAUCUGUGGAGCGAGAAUAUGGCAAACUAGACGUUCUGAUAAACAACGCUGGCAAGGUUGAGCGAAGAUUAUCAGAUAACCUGGCGGAUAUUCGAGCUGCAUCCAAUUCUUGCUAUAACAACCUUAUCACCAGCAACGCUGUUGUUACUCAUGCCUUUAAUAAACUGCUGAGAAAGAGCUCUGAGCCGAGGGUCAUCAUGAUUUCGAGUGCUCGCGGCAGUAUGGCCAGAACAGACAACAAAGAGCUCCCUCCUGUUGCCAACAUUGACUACUGCGUCUCUAAAGCCGGUCUGAAUAUGCUUAUGUUGCACCUGCAAGCAGCCGAGAACCACAGCGAGAGUGAACCCAGGAUAAAGUUCUGGGCUGUGAGUCCAGGACACUGCAAGACGGCUUUUAACGGCUACAGGGGUAAAAAGGACCCCUUAGAAGGGGCUGAGGCAGUGGUGAUGUUGCUUGAGUCGGCCAAAGGGGACAUUGAACCUGGGACAUUUUGGGAGUAUGAGAAUGGAAGCUUUCAGCAAGUUCCUUGGUAA